CUUCGCUUCUUUGAAGUUAGCUUCUUUGAAGAAGUGUUGACAGUACGUCACAGUAGGCAACUGUCUGACAGUUUCGACUUCUGUUUAUUCAUUUUUUUCUGUCGAAGUACUAAUUAACUGCUUACAGUUUUACUCGGUAACUUAAGUUUCAUCAGUGAUCAAUAAAUGAAUUACAGACAUUGCAUGUCCUGCUCAUACGGUCACACAGUGUCAUUCUGGAUAGAUCAGCACCACCUGCCAGCUCUACCUUCUUAAUCUGCAGCUGGAACUCAAGUGUCACUGACACUGUUGACAGCGAACCCAUGGGAUACUUGGGCGCGUCACUCCCCUUGAUACUAUGAACUUCCAGUCUCCCCUCAUCUCCGCAGUGUAUCUGGUGCUGACACAUCUCUUCUCCUUAUCCUGGGCUGUGGAAGUCGUCGAAGAUCUGAAGCUGGUGCAGUUGAUCUUCCGUCAUGGAGAUCGGGCUCCGAUACACACGUAUAAGGAGGACAAAGUCGCAGAAAGUGUCUGGCUCAAUGGUUUUGCCCGCCUGACUCCCAAAGGGAUGAAACAGCAGUUUGAGUUGGGGAAAUUUUUCAAGCAGCGUUAUCAGAAAUUACUGGAUCCUCUCUAUGGACCGAAUCAGGUAUACAUCCGCUCAUCGGAGACCGAUCGCACAUUACAGAGCGCGGAAGCCUUCGCCGCGGGCUUGUUUCCUCCGGACGGGGAGGCCAAAUGGGACAACGUGUUGGGACAAAUGUGGCGCCCCAUCUCGGUGCACACGGUGCCGUUGUCCGAGGAGAAUCUGCUGACGAAAAAGGCGCCCUGUCCGGAAUAUUUCCGCCUCAAAGCCGACCUGAUGAAUACCGAUGAAAUGGUGAAAUUAUACAAGGAGUACAGGAAUGUCUUCGACUACGUGGUAAAUAAAAGCGGCGAAGUGGCCACGAAGCGACGCGAUGCCAUGACAGUUCUGGAGCAUGUGCACGAUGCCGUUUUCUGUCAGCUAAAUUCAGCCGGCCUGGAACGGCCGGAAUGGAUGAACGAGACAGUCUACAAUAUUCUCCAUUACCUCGACGCGAUUGAAUUUCAUUUACAAGUGGGAGCCAACGGUGACAUCCCCCGAGCGCGUCUCGCCGGGGGGAAUUUAUUGGCGCUGCUCCUGCAGCGGAUGGAUGAGCGAGCGGGAAAAGCGCCGCUGAAACGCAACGACACCAGAAUGUUUGUUUAUUCGGGGCACGAUACAACUGUUGCCGGACUUCUGGCCACACUGGAAAUGUAUAAUUAUAACGACACAUUGGGAUUUAUGGGCGUUCCAAAUUAUACGGCAACUGUGAUAUUUGAGCUCUUCCAAAAUGAUUCGGUUCGCCUGUUGCUGAAAAAUGAUUUGGACGACAUCCCGAAUUCUGAGCCGCAGAUACUGAAACAUGCGCGCUGCGAUGCACUGUGCCCGCUGAAACAACUAAGAGAAGUGACAAAACAUUGUACCGUUGAAAACUGGAACAAGGAAUGCCAAAGUCCUGUAUUUGGAGCCGAAAUUGAUGUUUCGGAUGUGACAGUGGCGUUGGUGACGGUGCUGUUGGUGAUUAUCCUGACGACGAUCGCUCUCGGUUGCUACAAACGCCGAUCUCGGAACACCGCGGCGUCCCAUGCCAAUGUCGCUGCGCAUGGGGAGAAUGGUGUCGUGGUCACAUAUACCCGUCUCAACGAGGAUGAUAAUUUAUAGAUACGUUUGGUCUGCCUUGAUUUUAUAUUUGUUUUAAUUGUUGUUGCUCAUCGGCCCGCGAUGGAGAUGUACUGCUUCGUUAUAGUUUUUGUCGAAAAUCUUGUCCAUUUUUUUCAGAUGGAAGAGUUUUAUAAUUCGUUUUUUCUUCAUUGCUGAGGAUCUGCAAGAUUAUUUUUACAAAAAUGAUUAAACGGUGUGUGUGA